CCCAAGGCUGUGCAGGCGUGAUGAUAUAUAUAUAGCGUUCACAAAACAAACGUCAUUGUGGUGGAGUAGUGUUUGCUUGUCAGUCUUGUGUCAAACUAAAGUGUUUAAGCUCACCGAACGUGGUAUCUUCUGGCAACAGGUCACAUACGUACUGACUGACUGUGGCGGCUGGCGACAGAGGCUCAAAGAUGUGAACUAGUGAAGGGUUUUAUUCCGUCCAGCGACUCCAGCCCAUUGAGCAGCUGUCACCCGAGCGUGACGUCCCCCACGAACAGGAACAAGGUCCUGAUAUAACCUACUGGUGAAAUGGGUAAUUCAUCAUCAAACCAGACCCCAACCCCUCCCACCUUGCCUUCAGAAAAUUACAAGGACUAUAGCUUGCCAAACAGUAGCUUGACCACAACCAAAACCACAUCAUUUUCCAGUACCCCUCCUCCUCGUCCUCCCCGUCCUCAGCCUGCAACUCCCGGGCCAGCAUCACAGAGUGUGAGUAACACUGCCAACAACUAUGUGGCCCCAGCACCCACAUCACCUCAAAGGUCAUUUUCCAGUACCUCUCCUCCUUAUCAUCAAUCUGCAACUCCCAGGCCAGCAUCACAGAUUGUGAGAAACUCUGCCAACAAAUAUGUGAUCCCAGCAGCAACAGCAGCGAGGGAACCUGAAAACAUCACACCACGCCAAGGGCAGUUGAUUGCAAAGCUCCUGGUGUGUCCUCAGUACAAUGGGCGAGGGUGUGUUGCUCAGCCUUGCAGGAGGCUUCACGUAUGCUACCACUGGGCCACCAAGACCUGCAACAGGAAGACGUGUAAGCAUGACCAUUCUCUGAACUCGCCACAUAACAGAAGGCUCCUUGAAGCAUCUCAAGGAAGGAAUAGUAUGAGACAUCUUGAAGUUUCUGAAAUCAUAAAAAAAGAUAAAUUGCCAUUGUCAAAAGAGGAGGGGCCACAAAUCUGUUCAUUUAAUGUUUUAAAGAGGUGCACCAGAAAUCCAUGUGACUUAGUCCAUUGUGCCAAGAAGUAUCUUUGGGAGGUACAAGACUGUAGUAAGUGGAUACAACUGUCCUUCAACCAGAGUGACUACCUGGAGCUGAUGUACAGUCAUCCCUCUGAGGAGUGUGUAGCUCUCAUUCCUCUCAAGCCUUCUCUCUCCAACAAUAGGAAUUUGAAGAGACUUGCCACCCUCCUUGCCAAAGAAGCUUCUUGGACUGUUGACCUGGAGGCAAUGAAGCUGAAAGGGGGGUCGUUGGUGCUUGACAUUCGGAGGCUUUCCACCACCUCGGACCUCUCCUCUCAAAUCCCUGUGGCCACGCGCUGGAUCUGGUACUGGCAGGGGGAUGAUGGUUGCUGGGAGCCUUAUGGGGAGGGGGUCAUCAAUGGACAUUACUAUAUAGCUCUUGGAGACUGUUUAGAAUUUUUCCUGCGAAUAAUCAAGAAGAAGUUUGUGACAGUUAGUGUUGGCAGCUUUUGCUACAGUAUAAAUGGAGAGAAGAUGACCCAGACAAACCAGACCACUAACAAGGUACGCAACAUACGCAGGAGGCCAGCCUGCAGCUUAGUCAGUCAGGAGAGUGUUGUGUUUGAUGAGCUGUUUCUGCCUCUCCCUGCCUCAAAGAAAUUCUUAAAGCUGCCUGUGCUGCCACCGAGCUCAGAAUUCAUCUUUGUGGAGAACCUGCUGAAGCAGACUCUGACUGAGGUGAAGGUGUCAAGCAUGCACAGGGUUCAGAACGACCACCUGUGGAGGGUAUACCAGAACAAGAAACUCCUCCUCACCUCCCUUUACAAUGGAGACGUCACAGCCACCAAUGAGCAGUACCUAUUUCACGGCACUGGCCCUGAAGUCAUUGACCUCAUAUGCCAAGAGAACCUGGACUGGAAGCUCUCUGGCACCAAUGUGGGCUGCUUGUAUGGCCAAGGGACUUACUUCUCCAACUUGGCAUCAUUAGCUCAUCAAUAUGCCAGGAGUGACAUGACAGGCAAAAGAAUGAUGCUGGUGGUACUGGUUGUGGUUGGGAAGAUGACCCGGGGCUGCAAAGAAAUGACUUUACCCCCUGAGAACAAAGCUUCUGGAAGGACCUAUGACACCACCUGUGACAGUGACACCAGCGCCACCAUCUUUGUCAAGUAUCACAAGGACGAGUACUACCCGGCCUAUAUUGUCAGGUACAGCUGUGACUCUUUCUGACCUCUGCUGUGAGAAGGGACAGUAUAGAAUCUUUGAAUUAGUAUGUGCGUACUUUUGUCAGGCUUGUCGCUGGGCCUGAACCCUGUCACCUCUUUUUAAUCUGCUUGACCUGACCAGCAUGUAGCAUAACAGGAAUAGCUGGAUUUCUCUGUACAUACAGCUUAGGAAAAUCUUCACAGAAUGGUUCAGGACAUUACUUUCACUUCAUUAGCAUAGAUUUAUUAAUGUAAUUUGCUUUUACUGUUGUGUAUCUACUUUGUAAAUGAUCAAAUUUUUAUGUUCAUAUUAUCACAUCAUAACCCGCAGGAAGCUAUUUAACCUGGUAGCAGCGGAGAUCAUGUUUCUUAAUGGUCCCUCCAAGCGAGAAAAAUGAGAAAAAAUCACCCCUCACACAAACCAUUUCAUAAUAUAUAUCAAUGCAUUUGUGAUCAGAUUAUAUAUCAUCUAUUUUUGGAGGUUUAUAUCAUGGCACAAAUUUGGCCCGUCGCUGCUACACGGGAAAGCCACAGAUUUGGCCCGUCGCUGCUACCGGGUUAAUCGCAGGGAGAGGAGGAUAGCAAUUACAUGUGCCUUCAUUCUAUCAUUAGUUGCAAGGGUUGUGUAAAAGGACACAACUCUUGGGAUAUAAUAAAUUUAAGGAGUGGGCCUAUCUACUGUUUUUGUCACUUGAUGAGUAAGUUUUCUUGUAGAGUGCCACAAUAGUGAGAGCCCCACACCACUGUGGUGUCUUGCAGCCAUCUCUGAGAGGGCCUAAAGCAGAUUCCCAAUACUGAGGACAAGAUUUUCUCUUGGUGUUGAUCACAAAGCUCAUGAAAAUACCACUUUAAAUGAAAAUGAGCUUAAAUUACUUUUUGUAUCUUGAUUUAGCUGAAUGUUCAUGCCAGCAAGAGAAAUGUAAAUGAAAAUUAAAGGCUCCAGGUGUUUAGAGGAAAGCAGAGAUUGUGAAAACUAAAGACUGUACAUAAAAAGUUGCAUCCUUUUGUACAUUUGUCAUGCCCCGAGAGCAUAUUUUUCUCUUUUCUAUUUUCCCACACGUCCUCUGCGUGUAUCGAAACACACGAGAAAUUAAUCAAGACAAGGUGAGGGUAUUCACCGGCUGCUUGGGAUUGAACCCGCGACCAACGUGACGGGAGAGCCACUCCUUACCGAGUCGGCCAAAGAGGUACCCCACUGGUUAAGUGGGUUAUGGGAGGCUCGUUCAUCAGGCAUAGUCGCCGCACUACACAUUUUAUAUAAAGUGCCUUGCUACUUCUGAUAUUGCUGACGUUACCUUUCCCCCCACUAUUUAUAUAAGAAUUAUAUAAUGAAUUACUCCAAAUAAACAAGCAUACAGAUACAAA